CUCGGCACCAUUUUGUGAAGCCACUCAAGCCUGCGAGAGUUGUGGUGGGAAUAUUUGUAUUUUGUUGCUAGCUAGUUAACGUUAGUGAGCUAGCAAACUUGGUGUGAACUGUUAACGACUGACCGAACAUAGCUUGCUAUUUUUACAAGAGCAAUUUGCUAAAUAACGUUGAAGUGGUUUCCUAACUUUUAAACCACGAAAGUUAGCUAGCAGUCUACGGAUGUCUGGAGAUAAUAUGUCGGGCGGCGGGAGCGUGGUUCGUGGCCCAGCGGGAAACAACGACUGUCGGAUCUACGUGGGUAACCUGCCGCCUGAUAUUCGCACUAAAGACGUGGAGGAUGUGUUUUAUAAGUACGGGGCGAUCCGAGAUAUCGAUCUGAAAAACCGGAGGGGAGGACCGCCGUUCGCUUUCGUGGAAUUCGAGGACCCCAGGGAUGCUGAUGAUGCGGUGCACGGUCGUGAUGGUUAUGACUAUGAUGGUUACCGUCUCCGGGUGGAGUUCCCCCGUAGCGGGCGUGGGGGAGGGAGAGGGGGUGGUGGCGGCGGCAGGGGUGGCGGCGGCGAUGGAGGAGGAGGGGCCCCAAGAGGACGAUACGGACCUCCCUCACGGCGCUCAGAGUACAGGGUCAUCGUCUCAGGUCUCCCCUCUAGUGGUAGCUGGCAGGACCUAAAGGACCACAUGCGCGAGGCAGGUGAUGUAUGUUAUGCUGACGUGUUCCGGGACGGUACCGGCGUGGUGGAGUUCGUACGCAAGGAGGACAUGACCUACGCUGUCCGCAAGCUGGACAACACCAAGUUCCGCUCCCACGAGGGAGAGACUGCGUACGUUCGUGUGAAGGUGGACGGACCUCGCAGCCCCAGUUACGGACGCUCCCGCUCUCGUAGCCGUAGCAACGGGCGCAGCAACAGCCGCUCGCGCAGCUUCUCGCCGCCGCGACGCAGCCGGCCUUCGCCACGCUACUCGCCACGACACUCCCGAUCACGCUCCCGCACCUAGACACAAACCACAUACACACACACCUCCAGCCCAGCGGCCCCCCCAGGGAGAGGACACAUCAGACCAGGAGACGGACAGACGCCGCCCGGUGGACAUUCUAAUGCAUUACACCUCAUGUUCUCUUGCCUCGGCUACGUCUUGUUCUUUCAUCCCCGUUUCCUGGUCUAGUUUGCCUCAGCUGUGACUUAUGACCUCUGUUCUCUUUGUAUCUGCUGACCCCUCAUCUUCCCCCGAUCUCUCUCUCUCUCUCUUCCCCCCCCCCUUCUCUCUCCUCCCAUCUGUGUAAAGGGCUUUAAUUGUUUUGACUGGGGGGGGGGGGGGGUUGGUGAGAUUUAUUUUGUGUUUAUGUGGGGAGGGAUGGUAUUAUUGUCUUUGAUGUGUUUGUUGUGUUGACCUCUGACCUGUCUGUCGUGUCUCUCUGUAGAGAUCACAGGAGCAAGCUGAUAGGCUGCUGGGAAACAGGAAACUGUUCAUAUUAGGAUUAACAGGAGGAGCAGGAGGAGUCAAAUAACCAGCCAAUGGAGGGCUGUGAUUGGAGGAGGGCUCUGUCUCCCCGUCCCGGAGCCAAUCAGACCAUCAGGAUUCAGGAUCAGAGCAGGGAUUAGGAUUAAGGAUGGAGAGAGAAAACGCGGAGUGGGACAGGAGCAUAGGAUCGGGACCAGACCACAGCCCACUGGAACCUAGAUACUAAACCUAAUUCACUCAAAAUGGCUCUCAAACACCCAAAAUUAGUUUAUUUUUUCCCCCCCGUGUGGACACCACAGGGUCCUUCUAGGAUCCUGACCAGCGUUCUUUUAUUAUUUAAGAGGAGCUCGGCGCAAAACCAGGAGACUGGCUCAGGAUGGAGGGAGGCGCACAUAAGGAGAUUGGUAACUAGAAGGGAAUUAUAAUCUGGGGGGAGGGGGUAAAUGUUUGUUCAUUAAAGGGAUGGGGGGGUAAUGUGUUUGGUUUGGAGGGAGGGUGUUGUUUUUUUUUAAAGGUUUGCAUUGUUUCCUCAGUAGAUAUUAUGAUUAGUUUGUUUCCCUAGGUGGUAACUUUUCAUGUUUCUGCAUCUCUUCAAUAAAGUGUCUUCUACAGUA